AUGAAGCUCUUGCAAGAGCAGGCGGUCCACACGUGCGACGCAAGCUUCGCGGGUGUCGGACCGACGGUGCAAUUUAUGGACACCGUACACCGCUCGUUCGUGCUCAUGGACGUGAUUAAUUGUACCCAGCACAUACAUCAGAAGAAUGCUGACUGCAAGCAGUUUGAAUCUGCAGGCGAUGAACGGCUAAUCUGGCUGGAGACAAGCUUCCUCGACUACCUCGCCGAUCUCAAAAUGUGCAGCUUGCUGAGCACGGGCAUCGCGGGCAUCUUCGGGCCGUCGUCAGACGUGACCAGCAUGCACGUGCAGUCCAUCUGCGACGCGCUGGACGUGCCGCACAUCGAGAUGCGCUGGGACUUCCAGCUGCAGCGGGACGACCUCUCCAUCAACCUUUUCCCCAAGCCCGCGGUGCUGGCCAAGGCGUACGUAGACCUCAUCAAGACAUGGGGCUGGAACAGGUUCGCCCUCGUCUACGAGGACCACGAAGGUAUCAUAAGGCUUCAGGAUUUUCUGAAAGAGGCCCGGGGCAACGAUUGGCACAUCCAGAUGUACCAGUUUCACUCUGGUCAGCCGUACCGGGACCUUUUCUGGAAGAUCAAGAAGACAAAGGAAACACGGGUUGUGCUGGACGUCAAGAGGGAAAACCUUUUCACUGCCCUGAAACACGAUGUGCCUCAAGGAUCGUUCCUUGAGCUGCGUCAUGUACUUUGA